AUGGCCUCAAAUAAUCGUCUCUCCCAAAUUUCAGGCCACCUCAGCAAUACACACAGCCGAGGUCUCUUGGCGAAUGAGGUCGCCAUCAUUACUGGCGCCGGUCAAGGCAUCGGACGUAGUGCAGCACUCCUCUUCGCCAAAGAGGGUGCCAAAGUCGUCAUCAGCGACAUCGACGCAACAAAACUCAUCUCCGUGGCCGCCGAAAUUGAGGCACUCGCAGGCUCCGGGAAUGUCCUUUCAGUAGCAGGCGACGUCGGUGCAGAUGACUUUCCGAAAAAGAUCGUUGAUGCUACAGUCAAGGCAUUUGGAAAAAUCAACCACAUCGUCAAUAAUGCUGGGUUCACAUUUGACAAGAUGCUUCAUACUACCCCCGACGAAGCGUUCGACGUGAUACUCAAGAUUCACGUACGGGCACCUUUUAGACUGGUGAGGCAGGCAGCACCCUAUUUCCGAGUGAAGGGCUCCACAGAAAACCGCUCCAUAAUCAACGUUUCCUCUACUACUGGCCUCCACGGGAAUGUCGGACAGGCAAACUAUGCCGCAGCCAAGUCCGCGGUUAUCGGUCUCACCAAGACCAUCGCGAAGGAGUGGGGUCCGUUUGGUGUGCGCGCGAAUACCAUUGCGUUUCGGUUUGAUGUUAUCUCGUUGAAAUGGAUACGCCCUAGAUUGACGGCCGCGAAGGAAGCUGGAGCGACGAUAGAGAUUGAUGGAAAAAAGGUUGCGUUGGGUGUACCCGGGGCUAAGGCAUCUUCCUCCCCCGAGGAAUAUCCCCUCAUUCCGCUUCGCCGCGGAGGGACGUCAGAUGAAGCGGCUGCCUGCUAUGUUAUUGUGAGUAUUUCCGUUUCCUCAUUCCGGAAUUGGAUUCUUAGCGCUUGCAGCCUCGCCUCGCCACUCGCGUCCUAUGUUUCAGGUCACACAUUGGAAGUCACCGGAGGUGCUGGUAUUUAG